AUGUCAACCUUCAAGUUACCAUAUCCUUUCACGUUCUUCUAUCCGGCGCCCUCAAGUCAACGGCCUCUGCCGAAGAGAAACACCCGAUUUUACCUCCGCAGCGUGAUUUUCCAAGUCGAAGAUGAGCUAUAUCGCAUCCCUCGGCGCACCUUCGAGCAGGAUUCGGGGGUAUUCAAGACCAUGUUCAGCCUUCCGCGCCCGAGAAACGGCAAAGAAGAAGGCAACACUGAUGACAAUCCGAUCCGGUUACAAGGGAUCAAAAAGAGGGACUUUGAACAGCUGCUGAGGGUGAUUCAACCGAGUUUCCCUUCCAGCGGCGGAAACUUGACCAUCCAGGAAUGGCUCGUCGUUCUUGAACUCGCCACGAUGUGGGAGUUCGCCGGGAUUAGAGUGAGAGCCAUUGAGGCGCUGUUGGUACUUCCUAUGGAUCCAGUGGAGAAGGUCACAGUGGGUUUUCAGUACGACAUCAAGGACGAGAGAUGGCUCCCGCCCGCAUUGAAGGCGCUCGUUGAAAGACCCAAAUGCCUGACCUUGGAGGAAGGAGUGAAACUUGGCUUGGAAUGCGUCAUCAAAUUGGCUCAAGUGCGGGAGUCGUACCUGCUAGGCUUCACCAGCAGCGAAUGUGCCCAAAUUAUCAAACGAGUAUUCUUUCCGGACGCGAACGAAAUAAGCUACAAGAAACCAAGGCUAAAUCAUUGA